CAAACGGUUCUUAUUUACACGUGUUGAGGGAAAAGCAGAACCGCCGAAGUGAUCAUUCAUUGCAAGAACUUUUUUCCUGUGAUUUUUUACGUGUUUUUGAGACAUGGCUUCCGGCGCAGAGGCUAAGAAAGUCCUUUUCAUAUGUCUAGGGAAUAUCUGCCGCUCUCCCACAGCAGAGGCAGUAUUAAACCAUGUCCUGAAGCAGCGAGGCCUUGAGGGCUGGGAGGUUGACUCAGGUGCCAUUGGGUCAUGGCAUGUAGGUCUUGGCCCGGACCGACGUGCUGUCAACGUUAUGAAAAGACACAAUAUACCCAUGGACCACAAGGCUAGGCAGUUAACCAAAGAAGAUUUUAACCACUAUGACUAUAUAUUUGGGAUGGAUCAUGAGAAUAUCUCCGACAUCAAGGCUCGAGCUCCAAAGACCUACACAGCGAAGAUUGAACUCUUUGGCUCCUAUGAUCCCAAGAAAGAAUUGAUCAUUAGAGACCCAUACUAUGAUGAUGAUGAUAAGGGCUUUGAAAAGUGCUACGAGCAGUGCCUCCGAUGCAGUGAAGGAUUCCUGGAUUCACUGAAGUAAAGUGGUGCGGUGCAAGGAAAUACUGUUGACUGCAGUAUAUUACAGUCAAGAAUGUGGAAGAAGAACAUUGUUAAAUGAAUCUUUCAGUAGUAGAUAGAUAACACAGAGCCAGCUUUUAGUUCACAUUAACUUUUAGUUAAGUCUGUGCCUCAUAUUAUGCAACAGGAAUAAUAGUUUGAAUUGCAGAGUAGUAAGGAUAUGGCUCAGCUGUAAUAUCUGCAACUCACCACAAGGUCAUUCAUUAGCUAACAGCUUUUCCUCCCUUUAGCAGUAAUUGUAUAGAUUUUUUUUUUUUUUUUUUAAUAACUGUGAUUAAACAUUCCAAAAUCUGCUAAAUUGUAUAUCCAAAUUUUAGAACUGUAACAAGAAGGAUAUUGUUUUCAAGACUUGCCAUGUAUGUGCAUUGUUGCGUUAAUAAAACUGUUACUGU